AGACACCCACGUGUUGAGUUUCCAAAACUCUUGGGUUUUAUUUUCAUUUUUUGUAUUUUUUUUUUAAUUUAGUUUUGUUUUUAAGAUUCCGUGUCUAAAUGCCUCUUUUACUGUGCAUUCCUCAAGGCACCAUUUUCUGCCAUGGACUAGGCUCGGGAAGCCGAAAAGAUCCCAUCUUCUCUCAUAAUCUUUGAAGUCUUUUGAAGCCUUAAAGCUUUAUGCUUUCUUAAAAGAAAAAAAAAAAAAAUAGAAUCUUGUAACUUUUUGGAGGAUGUGAUUACACUUUAAACCCUUUCAUUCAGCUUUCUGCUCAUGUAAUUUUGGGUCUCUCUCUUUUGAUACCCUUUAUUCUUUAAAUCCAUGGAAUGACCCAUAUUCGACUUCAGCACCAACAACACAGAACAUGCCUUAACUAAGUUCAAAAUAAGUUACAGGUGAAAGCCAAACGUGAAAAGGUGGAAAGUCGUUGCUUUCAACGGUGGUGGACCUCGCCAGCAAACCGGGUAGUGUUGAUCCUUCUGUGACACAGGAAAAGAGACACCAGCUUGAUUGCCAAAGGUUUGAACUAGAUGUCAAGAGUUUGUUGGCCAUACUUUGAUCCUGAAUAUGAGAGCUUUAGCACCAGAAUCAAUCCUCCAAGGGUGUCCGUAGACAACAUUAGUUGCCAUGACUGUACUCUAAUCAAGGUUGACAGCGUUAACAAACCAGGAAUUCUGUUGGAAGUUGUGCAAAUACUGAUAGAUCUUGACCUCAUCAUUACCAAAGCUUACAUCUCCUCUGAUGGUGGAUGGUUCAUGGAUGUAUUUCAUGUCACGGAUCAACAAGGAAACAGGGUAACAGACAGCAAAACCAUCGACUACAUAGAGAAGGCUUUAGGACCAAAUGGACACGUGAAGGACAAGUUGAGGACUUGGCCAGGCAAAAGGGUUGGGGUACACUCUAUUGGUGAUCACACAGCUAUUGAGCUCAUUGGCAGGGACCGUCCUGGUCUCUUAUCUGAGAUCUCCGCUGUUCUUGCCAACCUCGACAUUAAUGUUGUUACAGCUGAACUAUGGACGCACAAUGGGCGAAUAGCAUGUGUUCUUUAUGUCAAUGAUAACACCACAAACCGUGCCGUAGAUGACCCGACAAGAUUAUCUGUAAUGGAGGAGCAGCUUAAGAACAUCUUGCGAGUAUGUGAGGAUGACAAGUGGGAGGGCUGCACAAGUUUCUCCAUGGGGUACACCCAUGUUGAUAGACGGCUCCAUCAGAUGUUUUUUGCUGAUAGGGACUAUGAAAGAGGUGGAGUAACAACUGAGAUUGAUUAUCCUCCUGCAUUCAAACCAAAAAUUACAGUUGACCGUUGCGAGGAAAAGGGGUACUCAGUGAUUAGUGUACGGUGCAAAGAUCGUGCAAAACUAAUGUUUGACAUCGUGUGCACACUCACAGACAUGCAAUAUGUUGUUUUCCAUGCCACCAUUUCAUCAGAUGGCCCGUAUGCAUCACAGGAAUAUUUUAUUCGUCACGUCGAUGGGUGCACACUUGAUACCGAAGGAGAAAAGGAAAGGGUCGUUAAAUGUCUUGAAGCUGCUAUUCAAAGAAGAGUAACUGAGGGUCUAAGCCUAGAGCUCUGUGCAAAGGAUAGAGUAGGUUUACUAUCUGAAGUAACAAGGAUCUUGAGAGAGAAUGGAUUAUCAGUCACCAGAGCGGAUGUAACAACAGUAGGGGAGCAAGCAGUGAAUGUUUUCUACGUUAGAGACGCUUCAGGGAAGCCAGUGGACACAAAGACCAUUGAAGCACUUCGCAAAGAAAUUGGACACACAAUCAAGCUCAAUGUGAAGAAGGUCCCAGCAGCAAGUGCAAAGGCACCUGAGGCUAGCGGAUGGGCUAAAACGAGCUUCUUCUUUGGUAACUUGUUGGAAAGGUUCUUAGCUUAAAAAACUAUAUCCGUAAAUUGAUCCAAACAGACACAUUGGCAGUGUACAGAAUAAUGAAGCUGUCUGUGAUCAUUGUGGGCAGGCCCUUGUACAAUGGACAUGAAUGCUUACAAUGCUAUGCUGUCUGAACAUGGUUUUUCUUUUUUA